AUGGCACAAACCAGUCAGAUUGAAAAGAAGCCAAUUAGCUUUUCCAACAUCCUUUUGGGAGCAGGUUUGAACUUGUCCGAGGCGACCACUUUGGGUCAGCCAUUGGAGGUCAUCAAGACGACAAUGGCGGCCAAUAGGAAUUUGUCUAUGGUGCAAGCGGCAAAGUUGAUUUUGAGCCGUGGUGGUCUUAAAGGUUUUUACCAAGGAUUGAUUCCAUGGGCAUGGAUUGAGGCCAGUACUAAAGGUGCGGUCUUGUUGUUUGUGUCUGCAGAAACAGAAUACCAAUUCAGAAAAUUAGGAGCUAGUAAUUUUGUUAGUGGAAUGGGUGGUGGUGUUAUGGGAGGUUUAGCGCAAGCUUACUUGACCAUGGGGUUCUGUACAUGCAUGAAGACUGUUGAAAUCACAAGAUCAAAACAAGUCACCGUUAGCGGUGGUGCUCCUCAACAAACCACUUUUCAAGUAUUUAAGGAUAUAUGGAGAAGAGAAGGGAUAAGAGGAAUAAACAAGGGUGUCAAUGCUGUUGCGAUUCGUCAAAUGACCAAUUGGGGUUCAAGAUUUGGGUUUUCAAGAUUAGCAGAAGAUGCAAUUAGGAAAACCACUGGUAAAACUAAUCGGGAUCAGAAAUUGUCAAACUUGGAAAAAAUUGGAAGCAGUGUUAUUGGUGGAGCUUUGAGUGCCUGGAACCAACCUAUUGAAGUUGUCAGAGUUGAAAUGCAAAGCAAAACCAAUGAUCCAAAUAGACCAAAGAAUUUGAGUGUAUGGGGUGCAGCCAAAUAUAUCUACAAUAAUAACGGUAUGAAAGGUUUAUAUAGAGGUGUCACUCCCAGAAUUGCAUUAGGUGUUUGGCAAACUGUGUUUAUGGUUGCAUUUGGAGAUAUCUUUAAGAAAAUGUUGAACACAGAUGGUUCAGGACACUGA